AUGAAUUUUAGCAUCUUACUCGUCGAUGAUUGCUCUGCUACGCUCGCCAUCGUUACUGCGAUUCUUAGAGGGUGGAACUAUCAAGUUGUGACCUCCAAACACCCUCUGCAUGCUUUAUCCAUUCUUCAAGCAAGAAAAUGUUCCUUUGACCUUGUCAUGACUGAUUAUCACAUGCCCGACAUGAAUGGUCUCGAGCUACAAAGGCAUGUCCGAGAAGAAUUCAAACUGCCAGUGAUCAUCAUGUCAGGUGACGAUCGACAAACAAUUAUACUAGAGAGUUUAGAGGGAGGAGCUGCCUUCUACAUUGUGAAACCGUUGAGGCCAGAUGAUCUGAAAAAUGUUUGGCAAUAUUGCAUUGCGAGAAAAAAGGGGAAAGCAGUUCUCAUUGAGGAAGAAGCUGCGAGCGACUCAACUAGUGCACCAGUGUGUGAGAGAAUCAUACAUGAAGAUGUCAAUAUUCCCGUGCAACCCUUGAAUUUGGAAAAGGAAGGCUCUUCACAGGAGCCAAAUGGGAAGAAAAGGAGCAGGGAAGAGAAGGAUGAAAAUGAUGAAGGGAUCGAUUACUCCUUGAUCCCUCCAAGAAAAACAAAGGUGGUUUGGACAACUGGGCUGCACGAUCUGUUUUUGCAUGCCAUCAACUACAUAGGACUUGACAAAGCUGUUCCCAAAAGGAUUCUUGAGUUCAUGAACGUCCCUGGAUUGACUAGAGAGAACAUAGCCAGCCAUUUGCAGAAGUAUCGCAUAUUCCUGAAGAAAGUUGCAGUUGUAGACAAUGUCGCACCACCAAGAGCAAGGGACCCUCAUAGAGAAGCCCCAAGUUCAAGCCCGACAUUACACCCGCAUUCAUCGGCCAGGAAUGAUGUCCAGCAACAAAUGCCUCCUAACAGUUUUCCAAACAGGCAUCCCCAGCCACUCCUUCCUGAAAUAAGGCCCCGUGUGAGUACCCAGGUACUAAAUGACCACAACUACAGUGCUGCACCGGUACGAUUUUCUCCUCAAGACGCUUCAGGUGUUGGCCUUUCCAUCUUUACGUAUCCAGUGAUUGGUAGUUCCAGUGUCUACAACAACCCUUAUCAAACAAAUGCUUCGAGUUUGCAAGUGAUUCGGCCCAACACUGGAGGUCUUUCCAUCCCAAAUGAUCCAAUGUUCGCUAACUCCAGUGUCAAUAACAAUCCUUAUCGAACCUAUGCCUCAAAUGUGCAAGCGAUCUUGCCCAACACUGGAGGACCAAGGAACUCACAAAUUCCAUCUUUAGGCCCUACAAAUGUCACAUCAGACCUUACAAAUCCGAGGCAAGUGCACCCUCCACAGAAUCAUUCUUCAAGUUCAGGAACUUUCAUGCCUUGCUUGAGCAACAUUGCUCAUUACCCUUCUGUCAAUUCAAACCCCACCAAUACCAAUUUCUGGGGCACUCAAAUGACUGGAGGUGCUGGAAAUAUGCUUGAUAGUAAUAAGGGGUUCAUAUCUCCCAUUGGCUAUGAUAAUUUUGUGAAUUCCUCAUCAAAUUUUAGGGAAGGAAGCUCAACAGGGCCUUACAUUGUUCAAGAAGAGCAAGAGCCUCCCUUUGGAUUUAACAUCAGUGAGCCAUUGCCUCCGCUUGGUUUCCCUGCUGCUAAUGAGUCAGAGAGUCCUCUCUUUUCACCGGCACCUAUAACACAACCAACUGUUGCAAUGAUUGAGCCAAGAAAUGCUUAUGAACAGGAUGUGAUGGCAAAUGCUCCCUUAGUUGUGAAUAGUCUGGAUCAGCAAAAUCAUGGAGAUGGUGAUCUUUUUGACCUCGUUUUCAACCAACUGGCUAACAAGGGUCAGGAAGGAUUACCACAUCAGGGAGUCAUUAGUUCCUCACCUGGUACCGACAUGAAUGGUCCCAGCAACGAACUUGAGAUGUUUGAAAUUUCUGAUUUGGAUCAUCAACUCGAGGAUUUCGCUUUCUGGUUUGAACAGGGCUCUGGCCAGGAUAUUCAGCUCGAUGGCCACAGCAACGAGGCCCCAGAAAACAGGCUACCUCUACCCUCCAAUGAAAGCUCCAAUCUGCAACAAGGGAACAACGAGAACCGCGCUAUACCUCUCCUGGAGCCAACUACUUCAACGAAUGAUCUGUUUGCUGAUGAGGAAUCCUAUCCUAAUAUAUGGGAUGAGGAUUUCGUGGACGCCUUGCUUACUGGUAGCCCCUUUCUCUAA